CUGCAAUCGAGAAAUCUAGUAGAAAGCAAAAAAGUAGAAGAGCAAUGUUUAUUUAGUUUGUGCAGGAGAGGGGUUUGGCUAAAUCGACGUGUAGAUUAAAAAUUUUCAUUUUAAAGUCACUUACGAGCAACAACCAUGGAAUACUUUAAAAGUGGUUUGAAGUCUGUCUUAGGAGCCCCACAGCCAGGCGUCCAACCAACUGGAGCUGAAACUGUGGAGCGCUUGGUUGACAGAGUGCAGUCUUCAACGUUGUUGGAUGAUCGACGAGAUGCCUGCCGCGCACUCAAGGCUCUGUCACGCAAGUAUCGCGUGGAGGUCGGAGCGCAGGGCAUGGACGCACUCCGUCAGGUGCUGGAAAUGGACCACAAUGACUGUGAGAUUGUUGGAUACGUUUUAGACACACUGUGUAAUAUCACAUCUCCAGAGGUAUUUGAAGAGGAAGAGAGACCAGAUCUCGGCCAUGAAUCACUUUUACAUGUUGGGGAACAGUUCACUGAGAUCUUCAUAAAAAAACCAGAGAACGUUGGGCUUAUCCUCGGCUUCAUGGAGGAGUAUGAGUUCCAGGUUCGCUGGCCGGCCGUCAAACUCCUCACUACUCUUCUGGCUAACAGACCAAGGGAUAUCCAAGACAUCAUCCUGGUCAGUCCAAUGGGAGUUUCCAAGAUGAUGGACCUUCUUGGUGACAGUCGAGAUGUUAUACGGAACGAAGCCUUGCUGCUCCUGAUCCAGUUGACAAAAGGUAAUGCCAACAUACAGAAGAUUGUGGCGUUUGAAAACGCAUUCGACCGACUGUUCGACGUGAUCAAGGAGGAAGGAGGUGCGGACGGUGGCAUUGUGGUUGAGGACUGCCUUCUGCUCAUGCUGAACUUGCUGAGGAACAAUACCUCCAACCAAAAUUUCUUCAAGGAAGGCAGUUACAUACAAAGACUGUCGCCCAUGUUCACUUUGCCGCCAGAGGGAGACGAGGCUGGCUGGUCACCUCAGAAAGUUGCCAACAUCCAUUCUGUCCUGCAGAUCCUUCGUACUCUAGUGUCACCUGGAAACCCUGCGCAAGUAACAGCAUCGUGUCAGCGGUCAUUACAUGGAAGUGGGAUCCUGGAGGCUCUCUGUCACAUGCUCAUGGCUGGAGGAGUGCCUGUUGACAUCCUCACGGAGACUAUAAGUGCCCUGGCAGAGGCUAUCAGGGGCAACCUGGGCAACCAGGUCUACUUCUCCUCUGUGCUAGCCCCCUCCACCCCUCCCAGAGAAGCCAUAGUGAUCCUUUUGAUGUCAAUGGUGAAUGAGAAACAGCCAUUCUUGCUGCGAUGUGCUGUGCUCUACUGCUUCCAGUGCUUCCUCUUCCAGAAUGAGGAAGGCCAAAGACAGCUUGUCAAGACACUGUUGCCCAGCACUGCUGAAGCUGUGAUGCUGUCAAGCGGACAACUACUGUGUGGGGGUCUGUUCAGCCAUGAUCCUCUGUCCAACUGGUUCUCCUCGGUGGCUCUGUCCCAUGCUCUCAUAGAGAAUCCUGAGCAGAGAGAGGAGCUUCUGAGAGUGCUGCUGGCUGCCAACACUGGCAACACUCCCGUCAGUCUGCUACAGCAGGUCACACUGCUGCUCCAACAGAACAGCAAAGUACAGAGCAAGCUGGGCCUGCUGAUGCUGCUGAGUACUUGGCUAUCCCACUGUCCAUCAGCAGUCAGGCAGUUUGUCAGCAUCUCCUCCAGCAUCCCGUACCUUACUGCUCAGGCUGGCAGCACAGAGCGAGAUGACAAUGAAGAGCUGGUGCAGGGUCUGUGUGCUUUCCUGCUUGGCAUCUGUGUACAGUUCAACGAUGACUCGGUAACCUCCUCGACUAAGGAAAACCUGAGACACCUGAUAGAAAAACGGAUCGGCCAUGAGGUGUUCCUGUCCAAGCUGGGAGAAGUGAGUCGUCACGAGCAGUACAGCAAGGCUGCCAAACACCCGGAGCUGAGACCCCACACUCCCUCGGAACUCCUUCUGGACCAUGAGUUCUGCAAGCUCUUCAAGGCUCUCGAAGGUAUGAUAAUCAAGACAGUGACAGCAAAGGCGGUGGCGGACCUGAUGAACGGGGACAUGGAGUUGACGCCGACAGAAAGUGCAAUGGUGAUGCAAUAUAAGGACCUGAUCCGGGAGCAAGAUAAGAGACUGAACGAUUUAAAACUGACUGUAGACAGUCUCCGACACGAGAUCAAUAUGUUGACUGCUCAGAACGAGGAGUUGAACAAUUCCCUGGGGCAGUUGAGAGAUCAGAAUAUGGUUCUUAGAGCUCAGGUGAGCUCUGGAGGUAUAACUAUUGAAGGCGAUGGAACAGCUGAUUUAAGAGCAGAGCUGGAUAAUAAAGAUGCUAUUAUCAAGAGACUGAAUGAAGAGUUGACUGAAGCAAGACUGAACAACAGUUUCCAGAAAACCUCAGUAAUUGAUAACAGUAGUCAACAAAGUGAGGAGGUGGAGAGGCUACGACAGGAGGUGACAGAGGCUCAGAAGAGGAUAGAGACUCUUACUGAGGACUCUGUGGAGUUGGCCAGGCUCAAGCGAGACCAGGAGGAUCUUUUGGAACUUCUGGCUGACCAGGAUGCCAAGCUGGGUGACUUCAAACUGCGCUUGAGGGCACUCGGAGAAAAGGUUGAUGAAGAUGAAGAUUUAGAUGAUGAAGUGGACACGCCAAAUGAAGAUCGAAUCUCUCAAAGUUAAAAGCCAGCACAGUAUUUGACACAAAUCGGGUUUCACUAAGUUUGAAAAAGUUGUUAGUCCUUGACCUGGGCUCUCUGUUGCACAUUCAAGCACAACUUCAUGUACCACAGACUGAUGUUGAUGUAAAAUGUUGCAGCUGAAAAUACAUUUGUGGUGCAACAUCACUUCAAUAACUAUUUGUUGUUGGGUUUGAAACUGCGUGAUUGCUAGUUAAUUUGUUGUUUUGUGCCUUAGUGGACAUUUCUACUGAAUUGUCUCAGAAAUUAACAUAAUAUCUGAUAACUGAACUUGCCAAAAACCUUUGUUGACUAGAAUAAUUGUAAAUUGGAAUUCAAAUAUGCCAUAUGUAACUAUUUAUAGUUUAUUUUGAACAUUCCCUAGGUGUUUUGUUUGUGGAUAAUUUUUUUAUUUUUGUUUUUAAGUAAUGUAAUUUAUCUUUAGUCACAACAUUAAAUUUGUGUGCUAUUUUAAUAAAUUUUGUAUUUUGUGAGUGUUUAAUCAAGACAUUUUGAAUGCAAGAUUAUAUUAGAGAAGUAAAAGUAACGAAAUAUUUUGUUAUAGUUUUAUAACUGACAUUUUGUUUCAGAGAAAAAUGUCCACUAUUUUAUCACAUUAAAAACACUUAUUGCAUCAAAAUUUUGUGAGGGUUGAGCGAUUUAAGACUCUGACUUUAGAAAGGUUCUGACUUUCUAACUAAUACUAGAAAAAGAUAAUUCUUUAUACUGUAUUAAGGUAAUUACUUCACCUAUUGACUUGAAUUAUAAAACCUAUACUCAAAUGCAGUCCUAGCUUCUACCAGGUAGUUUAUCCCCAAUAGGGAAUUCAUAUUUUCACUUGUUAUGAAAGGACCUAGUACAAUUCAAAUAAGAAAGUGGUUACCUCCAAAAACUUUAUCUCUCGUAAAACUUGAUUUAAAAGCUUCUGAAUCAAAAUCUUCAUGAGGACAACUCAUGAGAAGGUAGGGUUUGUAGUAAAUGAAUUGAAAAUGCCUUUGAAUCGGAGUGUUCUACUCUAACUGUUGAGAGUGAAGAUCAUUGUGUAAUAAGCUGUUUUUUUAACACAUUUCAAGCACUGACUAUUUCUUCACAUUCAUUUUAUUCCUUUUUUUAUUUUAUAAAUACGAAUUUCUAUAACUAUUGAUAAAUAAUUGCAUUGGAGAACUGUUGCCACAAAAACUGAUAGUUGAAGAGCCCCAUCCUCUUUACAUAUCUGAACUAAAAAAAAAUUGUAUUAAUAAAUUCCCUAUCAUAAUUUGAAAGCUAAAUCAUAACCCAGAUUUCCAUCCCAUGAUUCCUUAGACCUCAGACCAUCAGUUGUCAUUUGUCAGAAUCAUCGGCUCUGAUUACGUAAUACAGCCUGAUUACUAACUAGAUUAAAAAAAAUUACAACUUCACCUCUUUUAUAGUGCCCACGCAAAUAUUAAUUAACUUUUGUAGGCAUUGAGUACUUUCCUUACAUUUGAUUGAAUUUUUAUUACCUUUUAUAAAGGGCUUUAUUAGUACUUUGCUUGGACAUGAAGGACGUGCUACAAUGGUUCCAUCAAAUCAAACUCUUUAUUUUAGGUAAUUCACAGAUUAUUUCUUUUCUUGUUUACUAAAUUAAGUGUAUAUUAAAUUCUUAAAGUUUUAACAGUACAUGGAUAUAAAGUGUCUAUCCAAGUCUGUAAACCAUCUCAUCCAUACAAACUCAUAAAUAGUGUAACUCCCAAUAAAGUGUAAGAGCAGAAACAUUAAAAAAAUCAUGUAAUCAUUAGUACCUGUGCCAAAAUGUCUCUUGGAUAUGCUACUGGACAUAUAUUAAUCAUAUUUAUCUUAUAAAAUAUGCUUAAGAUACAAUAUAAAUCUAUAAAUUCAACUUUAUUCUCAUUAGUGCUGUUUUUGAAAUUGUGGAACACUAAAAUAAAUGUUGAAGAAAUUGCCAAAGAAGAAAUCUUCAAAACGGCUAAUUUAAACUUCACUCCUGUAUACUAAUAUACUGUAGAAUAAACAAACAUUCUUACUUUUUACAGUAAAAUACUCCAUUUUCAUAUCCUUGGAUAAUGGCUAUUUUGAUUCAGAAGAUCUUUAAUUAAAGACUCAUGGGGGAUAAAAAUGUUUGGCAGUGACCUCUUUCUGAACUGAAAGGUGCAUGGUUCUUUCAUGUAGAAUAAUACUCUGACAUUCCUGUAAUGGAUAGCUACAACUGUAUUGAUUUUUAUAACUGUUUGAGAACAUAAUACUAUAAUAUAUAUCUAUGCUCAUGUAUUUGAUAAACUAUGUUUAUUCGAUAUAUACAAUAUUUUGUAAUUAAGUUACUUCAAGUUACAAACAAUUCGUUAUUAUUCAAAAUCUUUUGAAAUAAACGAUAUAAGUCAAAGCUUCUUCAACUACCAAAUAACCAUAACAUUUCUGGUUAUUUUAUUUCUUUUAUAGUUUCUUCUGUUGUAUUUGUAAAGUUUCAGAAUUAUAUGUGUGUAGGGAGGCGUUAAUUUAUUGUUUUAUACGAAUGAUUAUUGAUGAAUAUGUUAAUAAAAUAAUGUGUUAGACUGUU